GGCCCUCCCCCACUGCCUGCUGGGAGCUGAGCCCGGCGGACGCGGCCCGGCCCCGCACACGCCGAAGGAGGUUGGGCCUGGACGGAGCAGCGAGUUCCCCGGCGCCAGCCCCCAGCAGCGGGCCCCGGCCUGCGACUCCGCCCCGCUCUCCGCGCAGCGCCUCGGCGGCGGGAUUGGGAAGGGGCCGGGCCGCAGCGUCCGGCGGACACAGGGUAUGCUAUGACUGGUUUCAGACUGCCCGUCACCGCCUUUAGAAAACUAAAUGUCUGGCUUGGAGUCUGGGAGAAAUUCCCCUCUAAUAAACUCUGCAUGUCCUGGAGGACAUGUAUAUACUCUAGCCACCAAUCCAGUAUUAUAAACUACAGAAAACACUUCAGCAUUUCUCCUGUGAAACAUGAUGUAUUUUUAAGACUGCCUUCACAAUGUAUUUCAGUGCCUUGUGUACGACUUAAAAGUGACAAAAGUUCUAGAAAGAAAAAACAAACCCUGCAAGAGGAGGAGGAAGAUGAGGAGGAUGAAGAAGAGAGAAGUGAUUCAGAAGAUGAAUUUGAAAAUGACCCCAAUAUAGUGAAAGAUUACAAGGAUCUUGCCAAAGUAGUCCAGUCUUUUCGUUAUGAUAUAAUAAUAAAAUCUGGUCUAGAUAUUGCAAGAAACAAAGUGGAAGAUGCAUUCUAUAAUGGUGAACUCAGGCUGAAUGGAGAAAAAUUGUGGAAGAAAAGCAGAACUGUGAAAGUUGGCGACACACUGGAUCUCAUAGUAGGGGAGGAUAAAGAAACAGAAACUGCUGUAGUUAUGCGAGUUGUCCUAAAAAAAGCAUCAGAAAAGACUGAAAGUGAAAAAUACAAAGUGGUUUUGCGGCGCUGGAAAAGUUUAAAAGUGCCCAAGCAGGAUGUAUUUAAGUGACAAGGAUUUGCAUAUGGCAGCAUGAGACUUCUUGUGGAAAACCAUUUCAUUUGUUGCUAAAUAUGAAUUUUGAUGAAAUAAAAUUCUUGCACCCUUUUUAAGGGCUUGUGAUAGAA